AUGAGAAACAGGGAUUAUAAACUUGACGAAGAUGACUUAGAAAAAAAUGAACAAAACUCUGAAGAAAAUCAAGGAAAAUCUAAUUCUUGGAGCUUAGAAAAGAGCAAGGAUCUUCAGGUAGAGGAUUAUGGCGAUGACUAAAUAGAGAUCUUACCAAGUUUUUAUGGAGUUUAGACUUAGAGAGCUAAAAAUCAGUUUAAUAAACCUCUAAGAUAAUAAAAUGGGGACAUUAAAGUUAGAAGUCUAAUAUGA